AUGGCCGCCACAUCGCGUGCCUUGCGCCAUCCUAGUCUCUAUCCGGGCAUACAGAGGGUAACAGAAAUAAAGGCGAUCAUGCACGUGGAGAGCUUUGUGGCACAGGCCAAGGCGAGUGCUCACGCCGCGGAUGAGGCGGGCGCGACACCCCCAUCUGUCCAGCCUAUCCCGAGCAGCGCGUUGCGGCCUACUGCUGUUGGGCGUGUGAACGCGCUGCGUCCAUACCAACAAUACCCGCAGGAUGGGUGGGUGCUGCUCACUGAACAGGACCACGCUAUUAUGGAGUUCCGCCCGACCCACCCUGAUUCGACAAACUGCAUGCUCAAGGGCACGUUCCCUAUGCGCCAUGCACUCGAGCACAAGCUGCUUACUAUCGAGGUCGACGACCCUGCGCAGGAUGCGCCGCUCAUACAAGCCUCCGUUCUAUCCGGCUCUACGAUUUCCGAAUUCUCGCACAUCACAUGGAUAACCCGCCCAAAUGUACGCGAUGAUCUCGGUACAUUGGACGCCGCAUUCGGCGUUGAUUGGCAGACACGAUCAUUCGCGUGCACUCCGGGCGAGCGCGUGCUCGUUGAACUUGCAUGUGUGGGCUCGGGAUGCAGAAUUGAGUAUAACUGGCUGGAAGAGAGUGCACUGCCGCGAUUCGGCAUCGAAUUAGCUCAGGUACAAUAG